UCAUUCAGUUUGAGUAUUGCCGCCAAACGGUCUGCAGCUGUCCGGAACCUACAAAUGUACUUAUACUUUGAACAAAACCUGUUCAAAAAUAUUAAUAUAGAAAAUUCGAAAUAUUAAUACAAAUAUUCAAUAAAUCAAUAUUUGGUGGCACAUGAUUUGCUAGCGCCAUCGUGAUUACUUACAGUGAUUACUAAAUAUUAGCUUUCACAAGUCAUUCAUAAUUGCUCACGUUUCACGUUUCUAUUGUAUAUAUGCUAAUAUUUCCGUCGAUUAAAGUUGGCGUGCUCGGUUAUCUGUUUGCGGUUUUAAUAUUUUUAGUUGUGUUUACAAUCGGCGUUGUUGUAUUUCUAUAUCUCUAAAAAGUUUUGUUGAUAUUCUCUAAUCGCUUUGAUAAGCGCGUAAUCAUUAAUAAAAGAGUCUGUGUAAAUAAAAUAACUGUUGAUAAGCGAAUAUUGCAACGAUGACGGCUAAAAAUAUUCCAAGACGCCAAGCCAUUCCAGUACUUUACACAAGAGGCACUCAUUACGAUGUUGGUUUUGAUAUGGGCCGGACAUUUGCCUCGAUUAUCAAGAACUUUCUACUACUGAGCACACCGCUAAAUGAAUCAUAUUUACCCCUCUACAAAAAAGAUGAAGGAAGAAAAGUUUACAACGAAACAUUAGAGAGUGUAAAACAAUCAUUUCCACAAUACAUCAGAGAAUUAGAAGGCAUUGCUGAUGGAGCUCAAGUUGAAUUUCAUAAGCUUUUUCUACUGCACAUGGAUGAAAUCACUGCAAUUUGCGCGAACGGAACUGAAGCGGUUGCACCAGUUGGUUGUUCAACUAUCAUUGUGAACAAUGAAAAAUCGCGCAUUCUCGCUCACACCGAAGACGCACUGACAGCAACACUCAAUCAUUACUAUUUCGUGGUGGCGCAUAUCAUCAAUGAUACACCGCAGGGCAAACACAAGGUCAAGGAGGAGCAUUUCAUGUCACUUUGCUAUGCCGGUCAUUUACCUGGCUACACGAUGAACUACAAUCACCAUGGAUUGGUGUUCACCAUUAACACACUGGCUGCAUCGGAUUUGAAAAGUGGCAAAACUCCUCGCCAUUUUAUCACACGCGCCCUUUUGAGUGCAGAAAACUACGACCAGGCACUUAAUAUACUCAAAGAUGAAGGAGUUGGUGCUGGCGACGGUUGCUCCAUUAACCUAUCUUUCAUUAACGACGAGUCUGGCAAAUUCUACAAUAUCGAAAUGGCGCCUGUACCGGAAGAUGGCACAGAAUCGCGUCUGGAUAUUAAGGAGGUAUGCACUGGUGAACACAAUUGUCACGCCAACAGAUAUGAGCGCUUGUGCACCAAAGAGGCCAAUCCCUGGUUACUAGAAUCGAGCAAAUCGCGCAUGAAUACUUUCGACGGCUAUCAGCCACCAAACUGCAAGGAUGACGUCGUACAAAUGCUGAGCGACUGCAGCGGCGGCGACUAUUGUGUCUUCAACGAGAAUAAUUCACUGGAUGAAUUGGUUAAAACAAUUGCUGUUGGUGUUUUUGAUUUGAAUGAAAAAACGGUUGCCUUAUACUCAGACAAUCCGGGCAAGACCAAGCCACACUGUGUACUGCCACUUAUACUGAAGCAGUGAACUAAAUAUUUAUAAACUUAUCCAUAGCUAUAUAAAUUGUACGCAAUGAUAAGAAGAAUAGCUUCAUACACGUCUUCAUAUUUAAAUAAAAAUGUUAGUGUUUAAUUAAAAAAUAUUAUAUAUACAGCUGUAAAUGAACCAAUGUACUUAUACAACUACAACUAUAGAAAUCAUUGUGGCCUUAAAAACAAUCUUAAAAAUGGCGAAAAUAAAGUAAACUGAAUAAAUAAAUUA